CUGUUCCGGCGCCAGGAGGAGCCUGCCGCUGCCGUGUUGCUGCCGCCGCUGUCGCCUGUGUCGCCGCUGCCAUCAAUCAGGUUGCGCUCGAUUCUUCAGCGCCCGGUUCCCUCGGACCCAUCGCCGCUUCUAGACCUUGCUGCGGGCUCGGAUCUUGCCGGGAAAAUGUCUGAUGAAUUUUCAUUGGCAGAUGCGCUACCUGAACAUUCCCCUGCCAAAACUUCUGCUGUGAGCAAUACAAAACCUGGCCAACCUCCUCAGAGCUGGCCGGGUUCCAACCCUUGGAAUAAUCCAAGUGCUCCACCUUCUGUGCCAUCUGGACUCCCUCCAAGUGCAACACCCUCCACUGUGCCUUUUGGACCAGCACCAACAGGAAUGUAUCCCUCUGUGCCUCCCACUGGGCCACCUCCAGGACCCCCAACACCCUUUCCUCCUUCUGGACCAUCAUGCCCCCCACCUGGUGGUCCUUAUCCAGCCCCAUCUGUGCCAGGCCCAGGCCCCACUGGGCCAUAUCCUACACCAAAUAUGCCCUUCCCAGAGCUUCCACGACCAUAUGGUGCACCCACAGAUCCUGCUGCAGCUGGUCCGUUAGGUCCAUGGGGAUCCAUGUCUUCUGGACCUUGGGCACCAGGAAUGGGAGGGCAGUAUCCUACCCCUAAUAUGCCAUAUCCAUCUCCAGGGCCAUAUUCCACUCCUCCUCCUCCCCAAGCACCAGGAUCAGCACCACCUGUUCCAUGGGGCACUGUUCCACCAGGAGCCUGGGGCCCGCCGGCAUAUCCUGCCCCUGCAGGAUCAUAUCCCACACCAGGACUCUAUCCCACUCCCAGUAAUCCUUAUCAAGUGCCUUCAGGACCUUCUGGUGCUCCACCCAUGCCUGGUGGCCCCCAUUCUUACCAUUAAGUUAACAAUGGAUGAAGAGAUGACGCUUUGCUUUUUGAAGUACAUGUAUAUGCAAUGAAUGCAUAUAUAAAAAUUGCUGGUUUCACUAUUCUUAGAGGGCAUUCAUGAAAGAACAACUUUUGAACCUCUCAGAAGAUAUCUGCCUCUUUUACUUGGAUGUAUAGUACAUCUGAUGGAUACAAUCACAAAAAAAUGUAAAAGUAAAUCAUUCAAAUGUGAUUUUUAUUCGGUUUUUAUGAAAAGUUAAAAUGGUAAAGUAUAUUGACAGCUCUUUGAUACAAUUUAAAAGAAAUUCUUGGUUUGUUUAAAUUAUGAAACUUCAUGCUUACAAAUCUAAGAUGAUGUGGAUUAUUGUUAGAAUCUGCAACCUCAUUGGCAAAUUAUUUUAAGUAUUUUUCUAUAACCAUUUUUCCCCAAAAUAAACACACUUUGGAAACAACUACAUUGUCAUAAUUUAAACAAAUGAUGCCUAUCAACAUCUUUAGCUCCUCUAUCUGUAGGUUAAAUAAUCCUGGUCCUCUUGAGGUUAUAUUCUGGAUAUACAUUUUAAAGCUAUUGGUAAAGUCAUGUGUUGAGUUCAUUAGCCAAGCAGUGUUCAUUCUUAUUCUUGAGCUUUUAGUAAAAAAACUUCCUUCAUUUUGAGUUCCACCUGGUUUGUUUUCUUUUUAGCCAUAUGCACAUCAUACAGCUCUAAAACCUGCCGUUUAUGGAAACUAACUUUUUUCCUUUUAAUGCAGGACAUUAUGUAUGUAAAUUAUGUUCUUAGACAUUUGGUGAUAUUUUUGUGUUGCUUUGGAAUAGAUUUUGAGAUGUCAUAUAUACUUGAGAAGAGCUUAAGGAGGGAAAUAAUUCUCUCAAACCUCAAAGUAAAGGAAGCCCUGGGAAUUGCUUCGUGUAACAAGUAAUUUGCAUUCCCACAAAACAGUCUCCUACCCAGACCCUCCUCUGUAGCAGCCCCUCCCCGCCCUCAGUUCUUUAGAAGGAGCACAUCCCUUAGUUCCUCCCUGAUACAGGAAAACUGGCACAUUCUAGGGGUCUAAUAAAACAUGUAGCAAUUAUGUUUAGAGAACCUUAGUCAUACAGACAUGACUGUUCUCUUUGUACAAGUGAGAUCAAAAUAUGUAUGAGUCAGAGUCCGGUUAAGCUGUGUUGCUGUCUCUUGCAUAGUUUCCUGCAUCUGUUUGUACAGUGCUUAUUGCUAACAGUUCAGUUUUAUAUUUGUUGACAGGUAAAUAGGUAGAAUUGAGUGCCAUCCUUAAAAAUUAUCCUCUAGCUAACACUGAAAAUAAAGUGUAGAUAUCUGUGGUUGAGUUUAAAACAGUGUGACUCUUGUUAUUCAAAUUGCUGUUUGUAACCACCAGAAUAACCUGAGUAGCUUUUUGUUACCUUAACUUUAAAUCAGAUAAUUAAGAUUUGGGAUAAAACUGUGUUACUUGUCAAAAUAACUUUGAAACUUUGGAUGUAUCCAUUGGGUUAGUAAAAUAUAUUGUGAAUUUCUCUAUCAGUACAGGAGAGAGUUAUGCUUGAGCUCUUGUUUUUGCUUAGAAAUAAAAUAUUUAGUAGUUUUUAUUUCUUUUAAAUUUAAAAUAUCAAGAAUGCCAAAUGCUGCCAAUUUAAUGGUUUGGUUGUUACCUCCUUUUAAAAAAGCAGGAUGGUCACUUAUGAGAAUAGUGUUUAUUUAACCCUCCCUCUUAAGUAGAUGAUAGAUUUAAGCAUUCAGAAUUGAAAUUAAUUUGUUUAGAUAUUUUCAGACUGGGGAGUGUAGUUAGGCAGCUCUUACAUAGUGGCACAGGUGGUCUUUUUCUUUGAUUUUCUUGCAAGGAGAAGUGCCAGCUAUCUAAUAACACUCUUGGAAUCUGUUCUCAAAGUAGCGUCCAGUUUAUAAGGCAGUAGCUUUAGAAGGUGUCAUAGGUUAAAUCAUCACUCAGUAUCAUAGUCAGCUGACUCUGAAGGGAUAAGAUGUUAAGAGAAGUGAGAUGACAUCAAAGAUAACUCUCCCUGUGGUUAUUUUGAUUGUCCUACAUUGGUAUAAGCUGUUAACUGGCUUUAAAUGUAAUGCUGGAGAGGAUAGUGUUUGACCAAAAGAAGAGAGGUAGCAAGGUUGGGAAUCUGUAAUAUAGAGUCCAUUUAUUAUUAUAGAAAAUCUUCUGCUAAAGGAUUUGAAGGACCAUAAACACGAGAUUUGGUAUUAGUACUCCCAAUAAGUAUGUUAACUUUGCUAGUGAUACAUACUCUCCACUGUUUCCCCAGAGGAUACCUGUUUGCUUUUCCAGUACUCUCCAACUGGUAAUUGGGGAAAAUUUUGUUACCAUAAGAAUGGAAAUCAAACCAAAUAUAAUUUGCUUUUAUAAUCUUUUUAAUUCUUCACGGUAUCAUUUCUCAACUUGAGGAGGUCUCAGUUCUUGUGGGUACUUGGGGCAAAAAAUAUUUUUAGCUCCAGGAUGGAGUUAAGAAAAGCAGAAGUUGUUUCAGUGGAGGAGUGAGGAAACGUAGGAAGGUUUUUUCUCUUCAAGGGAAUACUGCUUUCAAAACAAGUUAUGCUGGGCUGAAAUUGGUUUAUGGAAUAUGCUUGUUAGGAUAUUUGGUCUUCAGGGAAUAUGAAGUAUGGAAUAUGCUGGUGUUUAGACUUUAAGAGCAAGAAUUUUAAGAUAAGUUUGAUGGAGAUAAUUGAGAUGUAAUGAAGAGUCAUCUUCCUGGAGUUGGAGUCUUAGAUUCUGAAAUAUUGAACCUAAAUAUGACAAUGAAAAAGUCAAGAUCUUAGGUCUUCAUUCACACACUCAGUUCUCAAGAUCGGGACUUCUUAAAGGAGUAAAGUACCCGGCCUGGCAGCUUUUCAUGCUUUUGAAGAUCGCUCUUUACAGCUCUGAUUCCCUGGGCCUGUUUUGUGUAGAGUAAUAUAUUGAUUAUUCAGGAGUAGACAAUGCUUUUUUUUUUUUUUUUAGUUAUCUAAGGGCUUCUUCCUUUGUCAGUUUUACUGUUUACUGUUUUCAGUAGAGAAUCAUAAAAAGGCAGAAAAGAAAGAAUUUUUGGCUUUGGUUUGUCACACCACUACAAUGGAAUAUUGGAAUAUUUUCUAGGAAAAAAGUCAGUUUUGCCCAUGAUAUUUUACCUCACAAAUAAUUAGUGCUGCCUAUUGUACUCAAAUAUGCAGCAUUUGAAACUGUGUAGAUGAACAGAACUCAAAGUUUCGAUUAAAAUACUGUGCCUAGUUUGCAUAUAAAUCACUUGCCUAUACUUCUCCAUGAUUAGUGCCAAUUUCUUCCUCAACCUGAAUAAUCUAGUGCUAGAUUUAUAAAAUGUCAGGGUCAUAAACUUUAGAAAUUAAAUCUAAGCACAGACUUUCAUGUGUAAAGUCUUUGAAAAGCAUAACACUGGAUUGGGAUGGAUCCAUUGAUUAACUGCACUUCGCAGAGAAUGGCGGAUAGCUUUCAGAGAAGACUGUAGUCUUCAUAAAGCAGUAUUUAGUAGCGAAGACGGACACUUUUUAUUUUCAGAAUUCUGCCAAGUGAAACAAAAAUUGCCAAUAAAAUAAUCAGUAUUAAAGAGAUGCCACGCAAGCUUCUGGCUAUCGAAAAUAUUUGAAAACUGCAUUCAUUCAACAGACACUUCAAUGUCCCUGAUCCAGAUGGUUUACCAGAUGCCAGAGAUCAGAGAUGCCUGAGUGCAUUCUCUGCAUUCAUUCAACAGACACUUCAAUGUCCCUGAUCCAGAUGGUUUACCAGAUGCCAGAGAUCAGAGAUGCCUGAGUGCCUCCCUAGAAACUAUGGUCUAGGUGAGGUUGGCAUUGGAGAAUUCGUUGGUCAACCUGUUAUUAGUUUACCUAGAUAAACAUACUUUAGUAUUGCUGUUGGUGGAAAUUAUAGACCAGCCUGUGGCCAUUUUAAAGAGUAAAAUAUGGGGUACCUUUUUUUAAGAUAAAUGAAUUUUUGAGAUUGUGGUGUUUGUCAGUGCAGCUACUCAAGCAAUGGGAUGAUUUCCUCUUCACUCACCUGCCGCCCCCGCUGCCUUCCUAAAGGCACUUUCACUGCCUGUGCUUGGUUAGCAGACACUGACUUGGUGUUAAGGAAACUUGACUCAAUGUGUUCCCUGAAAAGACUUUCUGUAUUUUCCCCUUGAUAUUGUGACUUUUUUCAUUUGACUUAAUGAUAUUUAAUGUAUGUAAUUGUCUAUGCAUUUUAAGUUAAACUGCCUAAGAUGUGAUUUGAGACAUAGACAUUUGUGUUAUGAAUUGUAAGAAAUCUGCUUGAGACAUUAGAUUUUAUCACCUACUGCUGUAUUUGUAAACAAAGGCAAAUGUUUCUUUAAAAAGUAAUUAUAAUUAGGAAUAGUCUAUGGAUGUGAUACUUGAUUUUUUAAGAUAAAUUUGUUUUUGUGUAUUACACCUGAAAACUUUUUUAAAAAAUGUAUUUUCAUGG